CUCAAGGAAUAUUGAGACUAGUGACAAGAGUUUAAAAUUGAAGUAGCAGUCUUGAUGUAAUUGGUACUUUCAGAUUUAGGCGAAAUUUGAAUUUUAGGUAUUGAAAGCUGGUAUUGGGCAGAAAGCUCGGAAUGGACAGAGGGUAACAAUUCGAGUUGUUGAUACGAAGCUGGGAAUAGACAAUGUUAAUGAGAAAACAUUCAUUCUCGGCUUCAGUAUGGUCAUUGAUGCAUGGGAAAUGAUAUUGCAAUUGAUGCAUGAAGGAGAAGUUGAUGCCGUGAAAAGUGAGCAUCGUUUUGCUUAUGGUUCCUUUGGGGAUCCAGAGAGGUCUAUUCCACCGUAUGAGUCGAUGGAGUAUGAAAUUGAACUUAUUCGUAUUACUGAUGGACCAUUGUAUACAACACUUAACAAUGAUCAGUUAAUUCAAUAUAUUACUGAAUUAAAAGAAAGAGGAAAUUAUUAUUACAAUCGGAAGGAACUGGAUAAGGCGAUAUACAUUUAUAAAAGGAGUACGGAGUUAAUCGAUACACCCAGCGAUGUAACAAUACGAAAUUUAUUCUCUGUUAUUUACUCUAAUUUGUCUGUCUGUUACGCAAAAUUGUGCGACUGGAAAUCUACUCUGGAUGCUUCAAAUAAUGCGCUGUCUUUGAAUUCUGGGAAUACCAAAGCAUUAUUUAGGCGAGCAAACGCUUAUGCAAAUUUGAACUUCAUCGAGGAAGCAAUUGAAACUUUGAAUACUGCUCACCAAAUCGACCCACAAGAUGAGCUUAUUGUUCGGGAAAUGUUACGACUAAGGACACGUCUGAAGUUAUGCCGCGAGCAGGAACGUUCAUUAUAUAAACGAAUGUUGGCCGGGGCUCACGACAGUAGUGAAGAUCAACCACAGACUUUUAUCAACCGGUUAAAGUUUGCACUCUGUGCCAUCUUCAUUGUUGCAUUGGCCUUAUUUAUUCAUUUUUUUGUAUUUUUGUAA